AGGUUUUACAGCUCAGCCAAAUAUUGAACCUUUGUGAUUUAUUCGCUUUUACACUUUUGUCGUUCACUUAAAGCUGCAACAAACUCCUAUAACAGAAAAUGCUGCCUGCAACCUUCAAGCUGUGUGCUGGCAUCUCCUAUCGCCAUACAAGGAACAUGACAGGUUUAAGGAAUAAUGCCAUUGUGGCCAUCCACCAUGAGCUGAACAGACUGGCAGGUCCAGGCCCCAGUAACUGGAUCAGCCAGGUCCGCCGACGAAGCUCCCUCCUUAGCUCUCGGAUUGAAGAAGAAGAGGGGUACAACGAGGAGGAGAUGUCUUACUUGAAGCAAGGAGAGGAUGCACUGCAGAAGGCCAUCAGCAUCCUCAGCGAACAAGACGGCUGGACCAUUGAAACUCUAGCCGCAAAUGGAGACAAAGUCCUGAGUAAGGUGUUGCCUGACAUUGGGAAGGUGUUCAAGCUGGAGGUGAUGUUGGAGCAACACCCUGAUCGUAUUUACCAGGAGCUGGUGGGAAAUAUGGAGCAGAUGGGGGAGUGGAACCCUAACGUCAAACAGGUUAAGAUCCUUCAAAAGAUAGGCCAGGACACAAUGGUGACCCAUGAGGUUUCUGCAGAGACACCCGGCAAUGUGGUGGGGCCGAGGGACUUUGUCAGUGUCCGCUGUGUCAAGCGCCGGGGCUCCACCUGCUUCCUGGCAGGAAUGUCAACUCAGCACACGAAUAUGCCGGAGCAGAGGGGUGUGGUGAGGGCGGAGAACGGCCCGACCUGUAUAGUGAUGAAGCCGUGUGCUGAAGACCCAAAUAAGACCAAGUUCACCUGGUUACUAAGUAUAGAUCUUAAGGGCUGGAUCCCGAAGGCGAUCGUAAACAAAGUGCUCUCUCAGACGCAGGUGGACUUUGCCAACCACCUCAGGCAAAGGAUGGCUAAUAAUGUUUCUAUGGAGAUGGCUCAUGCCUGCUGACACAAGAUGCCUCUUGAGCUUUGGCACAGUGCACUUAACAGUGGCAGAGGAGCAAACUGUGCUCAUUAAAAAAAAAAUCAAACAUCAGCUUAUAACUGCCGAAGCAAGUGUAUUAAGGAGAUCAGACGAAGAUGCUUGUCUGAGAUCUUUGAAGUCUGAGCACGAAUGCUGGUUUCAUUUGUCAAAUGUGUGUUUUUCUUGCCCCUCUCAAUAGAAAAUCUGUCAUGAAACGUAUUCAUUCAUAUCCCUCCACUCUACCUUAGCGGACACAUUGAGUCAGUGUGAGCAGUAAAACUGCACGCUGUUUCCUUCUGAUAACACAACAGUUAUUGUUCCUCCCUCUGCUGUGAAAUUGCACUUUUAUUUCAGUGUUUUAUUUAUUGAUGCUGCGCUGAUGCAUUACAGUACAAUGACUGCCAAGUGAAUAAACAAAUGCAAUGUCGUUGGUAUGUAUGUUUUUAUGCUUUUAUUAUGCUGUUGGAAAAGUGAUUUGGAGAAUGAUUACUCUGCCCAUUCCUGAAUAAAAGCUCAUAAAACA